UCUGUGUGUGUGUAAAGGAGAGUUAUAUGCUUGAAAACAAUAUGGGCUCCAACAUUCUUCAGCAUCAAGCCGUGGAGAAGAAGAUGUUGAGGGAAACUUUUCAUAUUCUUACAGUCACCCUUCUCAGCCUCCUCCUUCCUCUAUCAUUUCUCCUUCUAGCUAGACUCUCUAUUGCCCACUAUCUCUUAUCUUUGGGCACUAAUAUUGCCAUACCACAGCCCUUUUCUCUUGUUUUCUCUUUUUUCCUUUACACUAAUCCUACUCUUCUCCAUGCGUUUGUUUCCUUUAUUAGCUUAGCCACUCUUGUCCAUGGCCUGACUGGUCGGAUGGCCCUUUUAAGUGAGGCAACAAGCCAAUCUUUCCAGCCCCGUUUGUACACUGCAUGGAUUUUUCUCUGUACGUUGCAAGUAUGCGUUGGUUUGGGGAUUGAAGUUAGCAUAGCAGCCGGGAUUGAAAGCACAAGCCUUGGGAGCGAGAGGAGUUUGUUGUGUAGGGUGGUGUUUUUCCUGGGGCUGCACGAGACCAUGCUGCAUUGGUCCAGGACAAUUGUGAAACCAGUGGUGGACGACACGAUUUUCGGGGCUGCAAGGGAGGAGAGGUGGGGUGAGAGGGUGGUCAUGGCCUCAAGCUUGGGCGGCCUAUGGUGGUGGAGAUUGAGGGAUGAGGUUGAGUCUCUGGCUAUUGUUGCUGAGAUGAAGAGAGAGCUGUUAAUGGGUGUUGGGGUGGCGGAUUUUGUCGGUUGGUGGCUGUAUUACCUGACUGUAACGAUUGGAAUGGUUAGGGUUGUGAAGGGUCUAAUGUGGGUUGGGAUGGUUCUGCUCUGCAGGAGGAAAGUAGAACAGACCAAUGGCGGCUCUUGUGGGGAUGAAGACAAGGUCUGAAUUUGACCAUUUCCAGCAAUUUUUUAAACGGAUUUUUUGUUAUCACCUGGUCAUAAUGUAAACUAAUAUUGUAUUCACUACAACUGUAUUCUAAUCCAAUCCAUCAAAUAAACCCAUUGUUUUAUGAA